UCUGGUUAUGUGUUCACCAGAGUCGCUGGAUAAAAGCUCUUAAUUUGGAGGACUCAGGCGUCAGAGAUCCACCAUGGAGUUGACUUCUCAAGAAACUAAGGAGGUAGACUGAGGACAUGGCGCUCGGGCACGGCUCUAAGAAAUCCACCUCAUGUGAGCAGGGAGUUGCUCCUGCUUUUCAGAGCGAUGGGGUUAGUAACUAUGAGGUAGGUGAUGGUGGACAAGCUCUGACUGCUCCAACACGGAGGACUCGGCGCUGUAAAAGUCUUCUGGCCUUCCUUGCCAUCAUCCUCAUGGUGGCCGGAGCAGUGCUGAUCUGGUACUUCCUAGAGUACAGGGUUUGGGCGUUGGAGCCUCGAGUCCAGCAGCAGUACACAGCCUACAUCUCCAUCCUCAACAGAAACUUCACCACUGAUCUGUCAUCACACAGCAGUCCUGCAUUCAAAAAAGAGGCCGAGGCAGUACAGAAAAUGGUGGAGAAGAUAAUGAAAGCCUCAAAACUUUCUCGAUACUACAACUACACAACUGUGUUCGCCUUUGGGGAGGGGAGUGUUGUGGUUCACUUCUGGAUAAUGAUGUCAGUGCCAGGCAGCCAUGUUGAGAGGGUCACACUGGAGAAGGUCACUGGCAGCCUGGAGACGGGCCUGAGGUGGUACAGAGGGCCAACGGAGGAAGACACGGCCAGCUGUGAUGAAUACCUCCUCCACCUCCCCUCGCUGUCUGUCAGUGAAACCGACUCCAGAGUUAUUGAACUUUUGAAAGCCUCUUUUGACUGCUAUCGCUACCAGAAGGUGGUGUCCAGCAGUCCUGUGGCUCUCCGUGGCCCCGACACUCAGCGCUCCUCCUGUCUGUGGCACCUCCAGACUGCUCCAGGCUUCCAGCUGGAGCUCCACAUGGAGUGGCUGCUGCCAGAGUGCCGGGACAGGCUGGUGGUGUACAACUCCCUGACCCCCACUGAUACCAAUCUCAUCACCUCUGUGUACGGUUGCAGCAGACAUGAGCGUGUGGUACAUGUGCUGUCAUCAGGCGAGUGGUUAACUGUGGUUUGGAAACAAGGUCUGUACAACUACAAAGACCCUUUCUCAUUGUCUGCACAGGCCUGGGACCACCAAGAUUGUAACUCAACAGUAGAGCUGAAGUCGGUAUCGGGGGUCCAGGGGACUCUGUGGACACCUUUCUUUCCAAGCUACUAUCCUCCAGACACCAACUGUACCUGGAGCUUCACUUUGCCUGGUUCAGGGUUGGGUUUGUCUCUGGAGUUUGAGGGCUACGAGCUGAGCAGAGCCACCUACCCUCAGGCCUGUACACAGGGACAGUGGAUCAUCCAGAACCGCAGACACUGCGGUAUCAGAAGUCUGCAGCCGUACACAGAACGCCUCUUCCUGCUCUCAACCACUAUCACUGUUGUCAUGACAUCAGAGGUGUCGAUCACAGGACCAGGCCUUCAGCUGCACUACAGCGUCUUCAACCUCACAGACCCUUGCCCAGGCCAGUUUCUCUGCACUGUUAAUGGUCUCUGUGUUCCUGCCUGUGAUGGAAUCAAAGACUGUCCCAACGGUCUUGACGAGAGGAAUUGUGUGUGUGUGGCUCAGUUCCAGUGUCCAGAUGACAGUCAGUGUGUGGAUUACUACAAAGUAUGCGACCAUCAUCCAGACUGCCCUGAAGCAACGGACGAGAUGAACUGUACAGACGGUGUGCAGUGUACAGAUAUGACCUACGUGUGUGCUGAUGGGACAUGUCUGAAGAAGCCAAACCCAGAGUGUGACUUUGUCACAGACUGCCCUGACCAGUCUGAUGAGAAACAGUGUGACUGCGGCCUGAGGCCAUUCUACGGCCGUAUCGUCGGGGGUUCCAACGCCUCAGAGGGGGAGUGGCCAUGGCAGGUCAGCCUGCAGGUGCGAGGUCACCACAUCUGUGGGGGCACGCUCAUCUCAGGCCAGUGGCUGGUGUCCGCCGCCCACUGUUUUUAUGACGAUCGCCUGUUCUCCCCCUCAAUGUGGACCGCGUACCUGAGUAAGCUCCUUCUCAAUCGCAGCAGCCCCACCGAGGAAGUGGCUCGAGUCCAGAGGAUCUACCUUCACCAGUACUACGAUGAUGAGUCCCAUGACUACGACCUGGCGCUGCUCAAGCUAGACCGUGUGGUAAAACACGCUCGACCUGCCUGUCUGCCUCCACCAACCCAUCAGCUGGAGCCGGACCUGCUCUGCUGGGUCACCGGCUGGGGGUCUUUACGUGAGGGAGGCCGUGAGAGCAACGUGCUUCAGAAGGUGGAUGUUCGCCUGGUCAGUGAGGAAGCCUGUGUUCACUCCUACGGCCGCCUAGUCACUCCCAGAAUGCUUUGUGCCGGUUACCGCACUGGAGAGAAAGACGCCUGUCAGGGAGACUCUGGCGGCCCCCUGGUGUGUCAGGAGCCUUCGGGUCGCUGGUUCCUGGCUGGUGUGGUGAGCUGGGGCAGAGGCUGUGGGCGUCCUGACUACUACGGCGUCUACACCCGCGUCACCAGGCUCUCUGAUUGGAUCAAACAGAUCAUCAGCAGUCACUGAGACAGCAGGGAUCUUUAUAAUGACUGAAAAAUCUUCAUCGCCUAAAGCUUGAGUGCUAAUGAAAGUUUCAUCCACGGGACGGAGAAAAACUGACAGAACACUUAGAAUAGUUUCUCCACACCAUGGUGAAGAGUGAAAAUAUUUUAUAAACAAUACUCAACCAUAUUUAUGUGGAACCAUCCAGAACAGGCAGAAUAAAGUGUGCCACAGACUAAAACACUUUAAUAGUUACAAUGAGUUGAAAUGUAAGAAAGAAGGGUAACGGGGUGCCACAGGAUGAGACGUUAUGAUGAUUGACUGAAUAUUUACUAUCUGGUGUCCAUGUGUUGUUUCAUAUUUUGAAGUUGACUGGCUGUUUGGAUCAAUCUACUCUGCAUGGACUGGUAGCAGCCACCACUGAAAUUAGAACUAGUGUGUAUCCAGCAGAGCUGAGUGCUCCUUCCAGGACGUGCUGGACUGGGGCAUGGGCAGAGGAACUGCUUGAGUCAGGUGGAUCACGGCACAGCCGUUGUACGUGGAAAUGGGAGGUCAGACUGAGCUUGAUUUCUGCGUCGUAGAGCAGGUGUGUCAACUCAAUCACAGCAGGGGCCAGAUUCUGGAUUUAAAGGUCACCUAUGUAAAAAUACAUUUUUUCAGGCUUUUCUGACUGUGCCAGACUUUCCCCUCGUGAUGUCAUGUGGGGAGUUAGCACCGUCUCUAAGUUUGGUUGGCCCCCCCUGCUUGGAAGAAAGUUCCACCCUCCUCUCCUCAUCCUCCUCUCAGCUGGCAGUUGAGAGGGGCGGAGUCAGACAGCUCAUUAACAUUUAAAGCCACAGACACAGAAAAGCUCGUUCUGGGCAUGACUGAAACUGAGAGUUUUUAGACAUGAAAAAUCCAAUACUAGAGUGUUUUAUCAGCAACAAACUUCACAGGCAUGUUUUGGGGUCCUCUGAGACCAAUAUGAAAUUUUCUUAAAGGGGUAAAAUAUGUUACCGUCCCCAUGUGCCCCUCACCACGGCAUUUGCUGAUUACUCCCUCCCCGGUGGGGUGGACACAUGGUGAGUCAAAGCAUUGGCUUUGUUAUGGGUGGACUGUUAAGGUGAAAACAUUGCCUGCCGGUGCCAACAGAUGCACUGACAGUCUCACCCAUGGUCUCACCGGACGACUGAAAGUCAUGGCAGAGGGUGAAUAUUCCUCUAUUCCUCCCAGCAUUGUGAGUAUUCUCAC